AUGUCGGCUUCGAAGAAACUUGUUGUCUGCGGAGGAACCGGCUUCUUGGGAUCUCGUAUUUGCAAACACGCUGUAGCUCGAGGGUGGGAUGUCACAUCCAUCAGCCGCUCUGGAGACCCUCGAUGGGACACUAUCACCUCCUCUGCUACGCCUCCACCUUGGGCACACAAAGUCAGCUGGGAGCGCGGUGAUAUUCUCCGCCCAGCUACGUAUGCUCCGUUACUCAAUGGCGCCGAUUUCGUGGUGCAUAGCAUGGGUAUUCUCCUAGAAGCCGACUACAAGGGCGUUAUCUCAGGAAAGGAAUCACCCAUUGCCGGUCUUCAGAAGGCUUUUGCUCCCGUUCGAGAUCGUGGCAUGGAUCCAUUGGCUAAAGGACAAGGCGAGGAUAUUAACCCCCCGAACCCUAAGGACCAGUUCACGUAUGAGAUUAUGAACCGCGACAGUGCAGUUGCCUUGGCCAAGCAUGCCGUUGCUGCGAAGGUGAACUCCUUCUGCUACAUCUCUGCUGCAGCUGGCGCUCCCGUCCUUCCUCAGCGCUACAUCACAACCAAGCGAGAGGCCGAGAUUACCAUUGCCAACAAGUUCCCUGAACUGAGAAGUCUCUUCAUCCGACCCUCUUUCUUGUUCGAUAGUUCACGCCCAGUGACAAUGCCCCUGGCUGCCAUGGUUGGUCUCGGAACUGCCUUCAAUGGCCUGACGGGCAACUACUUCAAGACCUUCAUUGGCGCUGCUGGUGUUAAGCCUCUGAAGGUUGAGACUGUGGCCGAGGCCGUGGUUGAAGCAUUGGGAGACCAAAGUGUCAAGGGGGCUAUUGAAGUGCCGGGGAUUGAGGAGCUUGCAAGCAAGGCUUGGAGAAAAACCAUGCUGUAG